AUGGAGAACCUGUGUAAUGCCAACAGCAGAUUUGCACUUGAUCUGCUCAGAAGGUUUAAUGAGACCAACCCAACAGGAAACGUUUUCUUCUCUCCUGUCAGUGUCUCUGCUGCUUUGGCCAUGGUCCUUUUGGGGGCCAAAGGCAAUACAGAGGCCCAGGUGCUGAAGACGCUUCAUUUUGACAAAGUUGAAGGUAUCCAUUCAAGAUUUCAGACUCUGACUAUGGAUAUAAACAGAAGCAAUGCUCCCUAUCUCUUACGCCUUGCCAAUCGGCUUUAUGGAGAGAAGUCCUACAGCUUUUUGCCGGAUUUCCUGACUAAUACUCAGAAAUUAUAUGGAGCUGAUUUGGCUGCAGUUGAUUUUCUUCAGGGUUAUGAUGAAGCCAGGAAAGAAAUUAACCAGUGGGUAGAGGAGAAAACUGAAGGUAAAAUCCCUGAUCUGCUGUCUGAAGGCUCAGUUGAUAACAUGACCAGGCUCGUAUUGGUAAACGCUAUUUAUUUCAAAGGGGACUGGGCAGAGAAAUUUAACGAAGCCGACACCACUGACAUGCCAUUUCGGUUAAAUAAGAAUGAAAGAAAGACAGUGAAAAUGAUGUAUCAGAAAAAAAAAUUUCGUUUUGGGUAUAUCCCUGAAGUAAAGGUCCGUGUUUUAGAGUUGCCUUAUGAUGGAAGAGAACUUAGUAUGAUCAUCCUGUUACCUGAUGACAUUGAAGAUGACUCCACUGGAUUGCAGAAGCUGGAAAAGCAGCUUACCUUAGAGAAUCUCCAGGAAUGGACAUGUCCAGAGCAUCUGUAUUCCACUGAUGUUCGUGUGCGUUUGCCAAAGUUUAAGCUAGAAGAAAGCUAUGACCUUAAAUCAGAUUUAGCUGCUAUGGGCUUGUUGGAUGUAUUUGACAGUGGCAAGUCUGACUUGUCGGGAAUGUCAGGGGCACGUGACCUCUUUCUCUCGAAAAUUGUCCACAAGGCUUUUGUAGAAGUGAACGAGGAAGGCACGGAGGCUGCCGCUGCCACUGCCGGCAUUGCUAUGCUCUGCAUGGUUAUGGAAGAGGAUUUCAAUGCUGACCAUCCUUUCCUUUUCUUUAUUCGCCACAACCCAACGCAAAGCAUACUUUUCUUUGGCAGAUACGCUUCUCCAUAA